GGACAUAUAUUCUUCAAUGAUUUGCAGUCGACAAAUGGCGGCUGGCGACCAAGGGAUAAACAACACAAUAAAGACUUGAGACAUUUUAGAUUAGUGUAAUCGCCACUGGUUUGUUUUCGUGAUGCGUUGUCCAUUGACAUUGCGCGAAAGGCUGCCGAUUGUGCAAUGGUUGCCAAAGUAUUCAUUCCAGUUGUUUCAGUGCGACGUAAUUGCCGGGAUUACAGUUGCGUUGAUGGUAAUACCGCAAGGCUUAGCAUACGCAGUAAUAGCCGGGCUGCCUACCCAAUAUGGCCUAUACAGUGCAUUCAUGGGAGGUUUCGUCUACUGUUUACUUGGUACUUGUAAGGACCUCGCUGUUGGUCCGGCAGCCAUCAUGGCAUUGAUGGCCGGUGCAUUUGGCAACAAGAAUGAUCCAAAUUUUGCAAUAGCCCUCAGCUUAGGAACGGGUUGUGUUUUGUUGAUUAUGGGUAUGCUGUCACUUGGUUUCAUUGUUCGUCUCAUUCCUUUACCUGUUGUUAGCGGAUUCACUUCAGCGGCAUCGAUCAUCAUAGCCUGUGAACAACUGCCCAAUUUGUUUGGGUUGAAGGUGAAAUCUGAAAAUUUUUUUGAACUGAUGAAAAGCGUAUUCAGUAACUUAUCAGAAACCAAGGUUUGGGAUUUAGUCCUGGGAGUGUCCUGUAUGAUAGUGCUAGAAAUUAUGAAAAGCUUCAGUCGAAUAAAAUGGCCAAAUGAAGAUGGACUAGUGCCGACUCUUGCUCAAAAACUGGCCAGGAAAGCCAUAUGGAUUUUGGAAAUUGGGAGAAAUGCAGUGGUUGUGUUUUCAUGCAUGUUGCUGGCAUAUGCUUUCAAAUCAAAAGACAUGCAUCCUUUCUCCUUGACCGGCAAAGUCCGAGAUGGUUUACCACCUUUUAAGGCACCAAAGUUACGUUCUUCUCAUAAUUGUACAACAGCAGAAUUAUUUUCUGAGAUUGGAGCGGGUUUUGCCGUCGUACCAAUAAUUGCGUUUCUAACCAGCAUCGCCAUUGCGCAGUCGUUCUCGAAAAAGAACAAUUACGAAGUGAAUCCAAGCCAGGAACUAAUUGCAUUGGGUGUCGCGAACGUCGCUAACUCGUUUGUCUCUGGUUUUCCGAUUGCCGGCUGUUUUUCAAGAACAACCGUUAACUCGUUGAGUGGUGUUGCAACCCCAUUUGGAGGUGUGGUCACAAGCUGCGUUGUCCUCUUGGCCCUGGGUGUUCUGACGCCAUUCUUUCAGUUCAUUCCCAAAGCAACACUGGCUGCGGUCGUUAUUGUAGCUAUCCUUCGCUCGAUUAACGUUACUAUUGUUAACAAAAUUUGGAAAGUAAGAAAACUUGACGUUCUACCGUUGGUUAUUACUUUCUUCUCCUGUCUGUACGAGAUUGCCUUGGGCAUUGCUUGUGGUAUGUGCAUGGCACUGGUCAUAUUAUUGUAUCGGCAGUUCAAACCACAAGUGAAUGUCCAAACUGGUGAGGUAUGCUAUGUGAGAUUAGACGGUGGUUUGAGCUACAUGGGUGUGCAGUAUAUUAUAACGAAGAUAAGGGAAAGCGCGAUUCUCAGCGAUACCAAACCGGAAGUGGUCAUAAUCGAUUGCACGUCGAUGUUUGAAUGCGACUUCACUGUGAGUCAGGGUUUCUCGCAAAUCGUGAAAGAUUGUGAACAUGAAGAAAUCAACGUCGCUUUGUGUAACGUUCGCAGCUCCGUGAAGAAAAUGCUUGUUGCGGAUGGUUUGUCGCUUGACUUGUUUCGUAACGAAAUUGAUCCGGAGGAUGUUUCGUAUUCGAUUAACGAUGGAUAUGAAAGCAAUGCGAAAAUGAUGCCUGAUAUAUCGGAACCGUCAGUAAACUUAGUCAACUGACUAGUUGGUUAUCAUCAUCAUUAGUACGCGAAUACCAUAAGGAAGUUUAUGUUUAAAUCAAUGGACGUUAAUUUUGAAUCAUGUUGCGCAAGCAGCUGUAAAAAUUUUCCUCGAGGGCUAAUUUCAGUGAUAUUAUGCAAGGCAAACAACGCAUACUCGGGAUUCUUCGUGGAUGGUGUGGGAAUAUAUAGUCAAUCACAACAGCAGAAUGCAGAAGUAAUGAAUAAUUUUGGCAGAUGCAAUGAAAUUUCUCGACAUAACAUUUAAUAAUUGGAUUUAUGUAAUAUUUGCUCAUAAACGACACAAUUUAAUUUACUUUUGAAGAGAACUUUCUCGACAUAACAUUUUAUAAUUGGAUUUAUGUAAUAUUUGCUCAUACACGACACAAUUUAAUUUACUUUUAUACAGAAAUUUCGAAAACGUUGUUUUUCUAUUCAGUUAGCAAAAAAUAUAAAUAGAAAACAUUUCAAAUAUUUUGUAAAGUAAAUUUGGUUAUACGAACAAUUAACAAAGGUGACUUAUCAUUGCUUUAA